CUCCCCCCCAUCCCCCGCCAGCCCUCUGGGAUUUACGCCUAUGGGUGAGCCGGAAAAGCAACGUUUCUUUUCUUGAAAUCAAACAUCAAGUAAAGUCCGUUUAGCGUUUCCACCACUGUUCAGUUCUUUCUGAAGAUUUCUUGGUUCCUACUUUCUAACAGAUGAGAAAUCUUUGUGAUCGUUAUCAUCUCUGUGCAGCAAAAGGCAAGAGCUGACAAGUCAGGUGGCUGAGAAAGGGAGAAAAGCUAGAUUUGGCUUCUGGAGUGACUCAUUUGUUUUCUUUGGAGGAAAUUAAACUUCAGAGACUCUCACUGCUAUUCAGAGCUGCAAUGGAGCAGCCAGGAUAUCAAAUGGAUUCUGUGAAGUUCUCCUGUUCUAUCUGUUUGGAUCUACUGAAGGAUCCGGUGACUAUUCCCUGUGGACACAGCUACUGCAUGGACUGUAUUAAAUGCCACUGGGAUGGAGAAGUUCUGAGGAAAAUCUACAGCUGCCCUCAGUGCAGGAAAGAGUUCAUACCAAAGCCUGCUCUGGAGAAAAACAUCAUGUUAGCUGAUUUAGUGGAGGAUCUGAAGCAGACUGGACUCCAAGCUGCUCCAGCUGAUCACUGCUAUGCUGGACCUGAAGAUGUGGCCUGUGAUGUCUGCACUGGGAGGAAGAUGAAAGCUGUCAAGUCCUGUUUAUCUUGUUCAGCUUCUUAUUGUAAGAAUCAUCUCCAACCUCACUACUGUGAUCCACCAUUACAGAAGCACAAACUGGGGAGCCCGUCCAAGAAUCUCCAACAGAACAUCUGCUCUUGUCAUGAUGAAGUGAUGGAGAUCUUCUGUCGCACUGAUCAGCAGUGUAUCUGUUAUCUCUGCUUAAUGGAUGAACAUAAAGGCCAUGAAACAGUCCCAGCUGCAGCAGAAAGAGCUGAGAAGCAGAAGAAGCUCCAGGAGAGUCGACAACAAAUCCAUCAGAGAAUCCAGGACCAAGAGAAAGAUGUGAAGCUGCUUCAACAGGAGGUGGAGGCCAUCAAUGUCUCUGCUGAUAAAGCAGUGGAGGACAGUGAGAAGAUCUUCACUGAGCUGAUCCGUCUCCUCCAGAAAAGAAGCUCUGAUGUGAAGCAGCAGAUCAGAUCCCAGCAGGAAACUGAAGUGAGUCGAGUCAAAGAUGUUCAGGAGAAGCUGGAGCAGGAGAUCACUGAGCUGAAGAGGAAAGACGCUGAGCUGGAGCAGCUCUCACACACAGAGGAUCACAACCAGUUUCUCCUCAACUACCCCUCACUGCCAGCACUCAGUGAGUCUACACACUCAUCCAGCAUCAACAUCCGUCCUCUGAGACACUUUGAGGACGUGACAGCAGCUGUGUCAGAGCUCAGAGAGAAACUACAGAAAAUCCUGAGAGACUCGUGGACUAACAUAGAACUGGCAAUUACUGAUGUGGAUGUAUUGCUGUCAGAACCAGAACCAAAGACCAGAGCUGGAUUCUUAAAAUAUUCAACCGAAAUCGCUCUGGAUCCAAAUACAGUAAAUAUAAAUUUGUUAUUAUCUGAGUGGAACAGAAAAGUAAUUGUGGGUGACAUACAGCAUUCUUAUCCUCACCAUCCAGACAGAUUCAAUGACUGUUUUCAGGUUCUGAGCAGAGAGAGUCUGACUGGACGUUGUUACUGGGAGGUGGAGUGGAGAGGAGGUGUAGUUGAUGUAGCAGUUUCAUACAAGAACAUCAGCAGAGCAGGAUGGUCAAAGGAAUGUUUAUUUGGAUUCAAUGACAAAUCUUGGUCUUUGCGAUGUGACAGAAACAUUUCUGCAUUUUUGCAUAACAACAUUAAAACUCCAGUACCAGGUCCAGUUUCCUCCAGAGUCGGAGUGUACCUGGACCACAGAGCAGGUAUUCUGUCUUUCUACAGCGUCUCUGAAACCAUGACUCUCCUCCACAGAGUCCAGACCAGAUUCACUCAGCCUCUCUAUGCUGGAGUUGGACUCUGUAAUGAUAAGUCAUCUGCUGAGGUGAUGAAACCUAAAUAGUCAGGUGGUUAAAAUGUGUAUCUUAGUUUUAGUCUCUCUAGUCUCCAUCAUUGUUGUCGUUUCGUCACUGGUCAGAGAUCAGCUGUCUUCAUGGAACUACUUCCUCAUCUUGUUUGUUGUUUUGUUAAUUUUGUUGUUUGUUUGGGUGCUUCCCCUUCCAGUUUCUGUUCAGCCAUGGUGACUAUCACUGCUUAGGAGGAUUUUGAUUCACCUAAGCUAAUUACAUUUACAUGUAUUACUUUAUCAGAACAAAUGGUUGUUAAAAUCCACACAGCAAAUUCAAAAGUGUUUUGGUGUGAGUACGGAUGAAAACUGUAAGCACCAUCAUCAUCAUCAUCAUGAUAAUCAUUUUGAUCAUCUAUUAGUGUAAAACUAAAAGUUUUAUACUGAAAAUCUUUCAUUUUUUUAAUGAAAGAUUUGAUUCACAAAUUACAACUGUCUGAACUGUGCAGACAGUUUAUAAAAAAUAAGAAAUUUUCUUUAAUUUUGAUUUCUGAAAUUUCUGUAAAGACUGAAAUAAAUAUUUUCUCAUCAAAUGCA